AUCUCACCAGUGGGCGUGUUUCAAUUUUAUUGUCAGUUUGAAUACUUGUAACCUGAAAUCGUUUUACUAAGAACACAAGUAAUUCAUAACGUUAUGGUAAAUGAAGACUAUAAAACUGAUAAAAUGCCGACCAUAAGUUUCUGUGCAAAAUGGAACUCGAAAUGUUUCGGUACGAGCUACUCAAAACCGUUCUCAAUUUCAUCCAAUCAAAUGACAAAAGAUAUUAUCUGCCGAAGUGAAAUUCCGCUUUCUCGAGUUGCCAAAGACGCGUUACGUUUUAACUGUAAAAAUGGACAGGUGAUUUAUGAAUGAUUGUUUUGUCGUAGACUUUGUAAUUUUGUUAAUUCAGUGAAAAGAGUUUUAGUUUAGAAUUUUAACAACGACCAUGCAGAGAAAACCACGUUGUGGAUUCUCCCUCCUAUUGAGAAAUCAAUAUGUCCAAGAAUGAUAUGGUGGAAAAGUUUGCAAGCAUGUUAAAUUAAUGUGUUGUGUCAUAACUUUUCUGAUCAAAACACAAUAGAUUUGACUUGAAAGAAAGAUGACUGGGAUGGACAAGAAAUCCAAAAAGCCAUUGAGGAUCAAAAUAAUCAGUAUGGGAAAUGCCGAGGUUGGCAAGAGUUGCAUCAUCAAGCGAUACUGUGAAAAAAGAUUCGUUCACAAAUACUUAGCGACGAUAGGCAUUGAUUAUGGUGUCACAAAAGUGACUGUAAAGGAAAGGGAUAUUAAAGUGAACAUCUUUGACAUGGCAGGACAUCCAAUAUUUUAUGAGGUCAGAAAUGAGUUUUAUAAGGAUACUCAAGGUGCUGUAGUGGUUUUUGAUGUGAACGACAGACAGAGUUUUGAUGCACUGGACAGCUGGGUGCUAGAAAUGCAGAAUGAAAUUGGCAACCAAUCAGAAAUGGAUAAUGUAGUUGUCUGUGUUUGUGCUAAUAAGACAGACAAGAAGCGGGUUGUUGAAGAGGCAGAGGCAAGAGUGUGGGCGGAGACCAAGGGAUAUCAUUAUUUCGAGACCUCGGCUCAGACUGGAGAAGGGGUGUCUGAAAUGUUUCAGACCCUGUUUGAGUCCGUCGUGACGGCAUUUGAGAAUGGGGGGAAGCGUGUGCCAGUGCAGACCACACUGGGAUACUCCAAGGACCAGGUGGAUGCGAUUCAGAAACUCCGCAAUGCAAAAAACGAUUAUGAAAGGCUUGGUUUGCCCCCUGGUGCUACAAAGGAUGAUGUGAACCGAGCCUACAGAAAGUUAGCAGUUCUGCUCCACCCGGACAAAAGUAUCGCCCCCGGCAGUGAGGAAGCCUUCAAACUCCUUGUGGCUGCGCGGACGACACUAUUAAAACGCUGCCAAUAGGUCACUGCCCGUUCUGUCUUUCUGUCGUCUGUGAUAUUUACAUAUUGGACAUUGCAUCAUUUACAUUCUUGUUCAUUAGUGAUGGAUAAUCCAUGUGUGUGACAUAUUGAGGCCUUUGGCAUCAUCACUUCUCAGAUCAUUCACAAAUUCAACAAGCAUGGCAAGUGCUCCUCCCUAUUAAAUCACAUGUAUUUGUGUUGUAAACUUUAUAUCAGUGGAAUUCUUUGAUUUAUUGGCCAAUUGUCACAAAGAGUCACUCAGUAUUCUGAGACGCUAUGAUACAUGUUGAAACAAUGAAAUUGCAUGCAUUUUAAGAAUCUCCUUACAGAUGACCAUCAUUGUCAAGGUCACAUGAUACAAUAAAGCAAUAUUGUGAGUUGGAGUUAUGGAAUUUAUAUACUUCUUUUGAAUAUAAAAGGUCAACCAAAGGCUGGAUUACAGGUACAUGUAUAAGGUCAAGGUUACUUUCCCUAUAAACAAAACUAGAAUUUUAUUAUAAAUGAAUAUGCAAGUUACUAGUAUAUAAUGUAGUCUUGAAACAUCAUCAUGUCACAGUAGUAGAUAUAUACUCUUUCCUUCCCUCUUAGUUUUUGUUUACGUAGGUUAAACAGUUAAAGUUUCGAUUAAAGCAGAUUUUUUUUUUCAAUUUAUAAGUUUAUUCUGAACACGAAUAAAUAGUUUCUAGUGUUUGGCACAUCUCAUUUUGUAACAAAAACAUGGCACGAGCCUUAAUGUUUACAUAACAAAGAAUUGUGCAUGCUGUAUCUCACUUGUAACUCAACAACUGAAUUCAAAUUUUUUUGACCAUUAGAAAUACCUUCAUUACGCAUUGUAUACAUUAAAAAUGGAGGUUGGGGGGGGGGGGGGGGGUUGAAAAUUUUAGCUCAAAUCUUGUCCAUGCCCCUUUAACAACUAGAGUCAUAAAUUGAAUCUUUGAUAUGAAUCAAUGUUGAUUGUGGUUUUUGUAGGUGAGUCGUUUUUUAUAUUUGAAUUGAAUUAAAAUAUUCACCAGUGUUUUAUAUUUUGUGCUGUUUUGCUAAUCAGUAUGCAGUAGAUUGUAGCACUUGUUAAAGUAAUUUUGGUAAUUUUAUAAUGAUGGACUUCAUAUAACACUGGGUAUAGCUCCUCCUUAGCUUUCCGCAAAAAAAUUCUGUUCUGGAGUUCUCAUUGUAAUACUGUAUUUGACAGAAUUUCGUUUGAUGAACAGAAAACAUAUUCUGCACUUAUUACUGUUUAAUUUCCAUUAAAAAAAAUGAUUCAUGACAAUG